AUGGUCUCUGUCAGUGAGGUCAGGCAGAUUACACACUGUCCAACGGUGAAGCAGGUAUGGGGAGACUUUUCUCCUCAGACGCUAGCAAAGUUGGCCGUGUCCUUCAUGGACGAGUCAGAGGCAAAUUAUCUACUCACGCGCGGCCGAUCGACCUUGGCAGAGCCAGAGGGCCAGCGGCUCUCUGGUAUGAUGUACAAGGGGCCUGGGAUGUACGUCCACGUCAUCGAGACCGAGGAAGACGUUCUCACGUGUUACGUAGGGAAGUCGGACAGCAGCAUCAGCAAGAGGCUGGGGCGCCAUCAAGAGAGCCAGGAACAGGGCGACGAAAGUCCCCUGUACUGCCUCAAGAGAGCUUUCCCAGCUUCUCAGGUACACGAGAAGACGCUCCUUAGGCUGCCGACCCCAAACAAUCUGAAAAGGACAUGCAAGACUCUUGCCGACGACAAGAGUCUCAAGAAGCUCCAUUCAUACCCUGCGUGGGCUCUCACCAACACCUUCAACUCGCUGCUAGAGGGGACGUUAAUCGCCCACUUCGCUGCCUUCCAUGGCAGGCACGCGUGGUACGACGCUCAAUGGGACAAGAUCUUCGGGGCCAAGGCGAGGAAGGACUUGGCGGGGUGCAACCGCACCCCAGGAACAGAGUCCGACUCCGGUCUGAAGCGCUGGCGUUACGAACCCAGGGAUGCCAACGGCUCCAAGGGUGUUCGGACGCUGGAGGACUGA